AUGGCCUACACGAAAGACUACUACCGCAUUCUCAGCCUCGACAGACCCAGCUGGCGCCCCGCAAAGCAAAGCACGACGACGGCCGACGUGCGACGAGCCUACAAAGCCGCGCUGCUCUCAGCACAUCCAGACAAGCAGCAGCAGCAGCAGCAGCGAUGCGGCGACGAUAAUAAUGGCAGGACCAAGAGCAAACCCCGAUACACGGUCGACGACAUUAAAGAAGCAUAUACGAUACUCGCCGACGCCAAGACACGCGCAGACUACGAUACUUGGUUCUUGCACAAUUACAAUGACAAUUACAAUGACAAUUACAAUCACAAUCACAAUCACAAUCACAAUCGCCGCCAGCGCCAUGGCGAUACUCUAGGGUGUUGCAGAAGAAAUAGUGGCGGCCAUGAAGAUGAUGACGAUGACGACGAUGCGCACACUUUGUCAAGCGACUUUAUCCUCGGUUUGGAAGUACUCGAUUUGAGCGAGUUUAGGGUUGUUGAGCAGGAUAGAGAGGUGAUGGAACAUGGUACGUCGAUAUCGUCAGCGUCAGCGUCUAGUUCCUCGGUGUCAGCAUCGGUAUCGGCGUCGAAUUCAGAUUCAGAUUCAGAGUCAGAGCCAGAGUCUUUGUCGUCGUUUUUUGCAUCGGAGAGAAGAGGAAAGCGAGAAAAAGAAGAGAAGCAGAAACAGCAGCAGCAGCAGACUCGCUGGACGCGCGAGUGUCGCUGCGGCACACACGCCGGAUUCAGUAUCCUGGAGCAACAACUGGAAGACGCGCUGCAGAGGGGUCGGAAUGAGGUCCUGGUCGGAUGUCAGGGGUGUAGUUUGUGGGUUCGCGUGGGGUUUGAGGUUGAGGAAGAUGUUGAGGAAGAUGAGGAAGAGGGGUGAAGGGAGAUAGUAGUGCUUCUUCUACUCCUAUUUCUACUAGUACCUCUCCUCUUGCCCCCGCCUACCUGCCCUCCUCCUCCUCGAAAGACAUUCAACUGGCGCUACCUAGCUAUACCACAGUUAGAGGCACUGUUGGAGGGUUUGCGGGGAUAUGAUGCCACUCUCUCCGUUUCUGGAUCAGAUGCCAGAAUCAUCGGGCUUUUCCUCUCCUACCACCAUUACGUCUACGUCUACGUCUAUCUCGACCCCGACUGUCAACAUGCAGAUCAAGCCGACCGACGCCCAUCUCAGGAGGAUUCCAGAAGAUUCAUUGCCCCCUUUGUACAUACAUACUUACAAGCACACGCAACGCAAAGCCGGUUGCCCGCUAUCCCAAGCACCGUAUGUGUGUGUUCCUUCCGGUCAGCAAGUCCAACAACA